AUGUUUCUCAAGUCAACCAGGCAUUCUCAGUCACUAGGAACUAUCACAGGCAUUUGGCUGUUACCGAUCAUUGCUGUCAUUGUGGCGGGCGGAUCCGGCUCAAUUAUCUCAGAAUCUUUACCCGCAAAGCACGCCAAAAUAACAAUUGUUCUUUCCUACAUGCUUUUAGGCGGCGGUUUGUGCGUGACUUUUUUUGGGAUGACUCUAUACUAUGCCCGUCUCGCUUUCCACAAGGUCCCUGCCGCAAGCCUCAUUAUCACCGUCUUUAUUCCUCUAGGACCAUGCGCCCAGACAGCAUUUGCCUUUCUUCGCCUCUCGACAGCUAUCUCUGAGCUGUAUUCUGAUUUUGGUCAGCCGCUGAUCGGGAGUCGUCUUUUGUCGCCAGAGGAUACUAGGAUCAUGAAUCUUGCGAUCCAAGGUUGUUCCAUUCUGAUGGCCGUUGGAUUUUGGGGCCUUAGUUUUUUCUGGCUUUCACUGGGCCUGAGCAUCUGGAUCGACACAUGGAUUGUCACUAAGCUCAAAUUCAAUCCUGGAUGGUGGGGUGCUGUUUUUCCUCUGGGCAUUUAUGCACUGUCAACGAUUGAAAUGGGGACAGCAUUCGACUCUGGCGCUUUUAAGAAGUUGAGCAUCGUAUUUGGCUUGUGCGCAAUUUUAGUUUGGCUGUUGAUGGCAUCUUUGACGUUGUACAAUGUUGCACGUGGAAAAGUGUACGUUUGCAAAAUGUCCGGUUGA